AUGUACCUCGAAACUGCAAAAGUUCCUGAUAAUCUAGAUAGAGAAUUACGACCUCUUAAAGUUGGAGAACCUUUUGAUAGAGUGGGCAUUGAUAUAGUAGACCCAUUUAAAGAUAUUUCUGAAAAUAAUAAUAGUUACAUUGUUAUAGCUACAGAAUACUUAACCAAUUGUUCUAGAACUCUUCUAUUAGAUCAAGAUUAUUCAUUUUGUAAUAAAAUUGUUGAUGCUUUAUGUGAAAUAAUAGCCAUUCGUUAUAAAUUGUCUGCUGUUUAUUAUCUCCAAACAAAUAGGUUAACCGAAAAGUUCAACAAGACUUUGUGCUUAACUUUGGCAAAGUUGACCAACAUUAAGAAGGCACAAGAAAAGCAAAAAGGAUACUAUGAUAAAAGCUUAAAACCCAUAAAAUUUAAAAUAGAAGAUCAAGUCCUCUUAUAUGAAUUGGCAAAAGAGAAG